CAGGAGGACCCGAGCAGAAACUGGUCCCGGCAGGCUGUGGUUCACUUCAAGAAAACAUUUUCCCCCUCAGCAGGAAUAAUCAGUGAGAGAUGAGCGCGUGGCAGGUUCGGGUUCUGUUUGUCGCAGUUCUGAAUGCAGCUGUGCAGCACGGAACCUCCCUGGAAGAAGAGCUCGCCGAUUCUAUUUUAGGUAACUUCCUAGACACUCUAAAAGACUCGUCAGAUCACCAACGCGGCAGCGAUGCGGCGAUAGCUAAAUUCUCCCUCCGUAAACCUUCCCAUCCUGAUGAUGACCUGUGCUAUAUUAUUCCCAACAAACCAGCCUCUCUGGCUGCCUGCGCCUUUAAUAGCACAUCCAAAACCUUCAUGGUGAUCCAUGGAUGGACGCUGAGUGGCAUGUUCGAAAGCUGGAUGCCAAAGUUGGUGUCAGCGCUGUACGAGAGGGAGCAGACGGCCAACGUCAUCGUAGUGGACUGGCUCAGCUCGGCCCAGAACCAUUAUGUGAUCGCAGCUCAGAAGACCAAAGCUGUAGGACGGGAGGUGGCUCGCUUUAUCGACUGGAUCGAGGAAACUGCCAACAUGCCUCUUGACAACAUCCACCUGAUUGGCUACAGCCUCGGGGCUCAUGUGGCAGGAUUUGCAGGCAGCCACGCUACCAAUAAAGUUGGAAGAAUUACUGGUCUGGAUCCUGCUGGUCCGGACUUUGAGGGCAAACACGCCCACAGACGCCUCUCUCCAGACGACGCCCACUUCGUGGACAUCCUCCACACUUUCACACGUGGCUCCCUGGGACUCAGCAUCGGAAUCGAGCAGCCCAUCGGCCACGUGGACAUUUACCCCAAUGGAGGCAGCUUCCAGCCGGGCUGCAACCUCCGGGAGGCCCUGGAGAAGAUCGCAAACUUUGGAAUGUUUGCUAUCACCGACGCAGUGAAGUGCGAACAUGAGCGCUCCAUCCACCUGUUCAUCGAUUCGCUGCUAAACAAACAGGGAGUGGCCAAGGCCUACAGGUGCGGCAGCAGUGACAUGUUCGACCGCGGCAUGUGUCUGAGCUGCCGCAAGAGCCGCUGCAACACCGUGGGCUACGAUGUGAGCAAAGUCCGGAGAGCUCGCCACGUUCAGAUGUACACCAAGACCCGAGCUUCCAUGCCUUUCAAAGUUUACCACUAUCAGAUGAAGAUCCACUUCUCCAGUAAAGUGAAUAUUUCAGAGAUGGAGCCUUCGCUCACUGUCUCGCUUUAUGGAACCAAAGAAGAGGCUGAAAACUUGGAGCUUAAGCUAAAGGAUAAACUAGUGACAAAAAAGACACAAUCCUUCCUGCUGGUGACAGAAAAAGACAUUGGGGACUUGGUGAGGCUGACGUUUAGGUGGAAGGAGACAAACAGUUGGUCAGCCUCCAACCUGCUGAAGAUGGUUUCCUCCUGGUGGUCUGGUGACUCCGACGGAGCCGAUGUGGAGGUUCACAAAAUUCGCAUCAGAGCUGGCGAGACGCAAGAAAAGAUGGUGUUUUGUGUAAAAGACCCCAACAAUCAAAGCCCAUCUCAGGAGGUCACGUUUGUUAAAUGUCAGGGUAAUUGGAGAAUGAAAUCAAAAGGAAUAAUGAGAGUCUCACCAGAAUCACAGACAUGAAGAAACAAUACCCUUUUUUGUCGACGUCAGCACAUAAUUUAUAUAAAAUUUAUUCAUGUCAAUUUCUCAGAUACAUAAAACCUUUGUAUAGAGUUGUGUUAUUGAAAGAUGGAUGUAAAUACUGUAUAUUCUUUUGUAAAAAAAAGACUGUUUAUUAUACAUAACUGUAAAAAUACUGGGAUUUAUGAUGGUCAAAGAUGGUCUGAAUAGAUUAAUAAUAAUAAUCAAGGAAAGAUCAGGAACAUUCACAUUCUGCUACUUUCAUUUAGAAACAACUCUUUAAAAUAAUAAUAAUAAUAUAUUUUUUUUGUUUUAAUGACAAGAAUGACAUUGUGACAAAUAAAACUCAAACUGUUUUCAAGUGUUUCAACACAGAGGUGAAACAGAACUGUAGCAGAAUUUUAUUUUUUUAAUGAAAUGUAAGUGUGAGAAGCCUGAGGACUGGACAUUUUAUAUUUAAUUUUGAAGGUGUGUUAUCUUGUUAAAAAAUACCUCAUGAAAUGUAAAAGGGAACCACUGUCAUACAGACUUCCGUCUUUAAAGGAAAAAAAUGAACUGUGUAAAUUUAACCAAUGUGUUCUUUUAUUUUUAUUUUUUAGGGCCUUAAAGCAAUAUGAUAGAAUUGUUUCACCUGUUUGUGUAUCCUAAAAGAGCAAUAACAACUGUGGCACCAUUUUUUUGUGGAUUUUCCCACCAAUUUUCACUUUGCAUUAUGCUUGUUUCAUGACAUUUUACAAAAACUAUUGUUUUGUGUUGGUCUUGCAUGGUAGGUUUUAUUACGGUACACCACUAAAAUACGACAUCCGUCACCUCAAAAGCUGCCACACGUACCUCUUAUAAUAUGUGUAAUUUUUGUGAAGCUCAUUGUGAGGUCGAAGUCGAAACUAACAUGAAUGUUUUCUGUGUGUUGUUUUCUUUGUACGAGUAUGUUUUUGUCUGGAUAUUCACGUUUAUUUAUAAUUACAUUUCCACUACUUUUAAAAAAUGCAUCUUAAGCUUUACAGAGAUCGGUACGGCAAUCACUGUGACUUUAAAAAUAUGGAAAUGUUGUUUUAUGUUUUGCACAACACAAGAAUAGAGUGUUGAAGCAAGUUAUUUGUACAGUAAAUUUUUGUAUCCAUGUAUCAAAAAUCUACUUAAUACUGCAAUCACAACUUUUUUUGAAUGUUCAGUGAUAUAACUUUUAAUUAUGUGUUUGAAGAGUAGGGUGGGGUGUUUAUGUACUUUAUUAUUAAUGGCAAAAUGUUUUAUUUUAUUUUAUUUUUCUCUUUCUGUUAUUUUCUUUUCUUAUUUCUAUUACUGUUGGAUGUUGUUUUGUUUUUUAUUGUCUGGAGGGACAGAUGUAAAUUUGCCUUAGGCUAAAUCUGGUGCAAUGCAUCAAAUGUUUUUAUCUUUAUGUUUUAACUGCACAAUGUCCUGAUUAAAUAAACAAAAUCCAAAAAAAAAAAAAAGGCAAAGAAAAUAGAUUUAUUAAUAAGAGAUGCUGCUGUAGCUACUCAAAUUGAUUUGCGGUGUAAAGUGUAUGUUUUUAUUUCUGUGUAUAAAAUUGUAAAUAGAAUUUGUCAGUGCACUGUGUAAUUUUUUUAAAUAAACUAAAUUUGACUAUU